AUGGUUGGAUUCGAGGCGGAACCAUCAGCAAACCCGCGGUCAAAUGCACUUAAAAAGAUAUCACGCCUCAAAGCAUUAGCUCUCGAAAGAUUCAGACAUGUUUUCUAUGAGGUUGGCGGCUUCAUAUACGAUUUUCCGCUUUGGUUCAUAAUCGGCAGUUUAACCAUCGGCUUGGUGGCGGGACUGUCGUUCCUGAACAUCCAAUUUGAGACGCGGGCGGACAACCUGUAUGCUCUUCCGGCUUCGCAGGCCCGUGCUGAGCUGGCGAAGCAAGCGUCGCUCUUUGGAGACCCGCCAAGAAUUAGCAUGGUGUUUGUGGUGAGCAAAGACAACUCGAACGUGCUGACAAAACCUGUGCUCUCGAAAUUGGAGCGGUUGGAUCAGUACAUUCAACGAAACCUGACAAGUGACGAAGAGGGUUGGAGGUUUGAUGACGUGUGCUACCGUCAAUACCUCAAGUUUGGCAGCGACCAGAAGACAGUGGAAACCGUGCCUCCUUGUGUGAGUAUGACGCCGUUGGACUUGUAUCGCAACUCACGAAUGUAUGGAGUACCAAUAGCCACCCGGGUUUGGCCGUAUGUGCCCAACUUGAGUCAGAACAAGAUCGUCAAGGCGGAUUUGGCGGUCACGGAUCCCGGAAUCCAGAGACUGCCGAGUGGCACGGUAAAACUGUUUAAUGCUACAGGGUUCCUGAUGCUCUACGACACAGCCAGCGACAAGGCGGUCAAGGCAAAGAGCAUGGAGUGGGAGCAGGCCUUCAUAAACUUCAUCAACCACGAUCUGAAACCUUUUUCUGCGGAUCCGGGCGAAUUUGCAAAGCCGGACGAAUUAUUGUUCUCUGACUUCGAGGACCACGACUGGCGAGACUUCAAAGUGUUCGUGAACGCUGAGCGUAGUUGGCAGGACGAGCUUGCGCGCAGCACCAAGUUUGACGCUCGGCUGAUGCGCGACUACGUGAUUGCGUACGUUAUUAUCGCUACGUACAUGGUGGUCUUUAACCACACACGAAACCUCGUGCGUUCGAAAAGUAUGUGUGGCUUCAUGGGCUCCGUGUCUGCUCUGUUAGGCUACCUCGCGGGCGGCGGUAUCUGUUACUGGGCCGGUCUGAAGCACACACCCACGAUGCACGCCUCGCCUUUCCUCGUGCUCGCAAUCGGACUGGACAACACCUUUGUGGUACUCAACUUUUACACGCUUUCCUACAGCCAGACAGCGAAGCCCAAAGAUCGCUGCCGGAACGCGCUGACCGAUUCAGGCAUUGCGCUCUUCAUCACCACCUUCACCUCCAUACUCUCCUUCGCCGUCGGAGCCCUUGGACCUUACACCGCCGUUCGGAACUUCUGCAUCCAGACCGGCACGGGUCUAGCAGGUGGGUUCGUCUUCAACAUUGUUUUCUUCUACCCAUUCCUCUGUCUGGAGGCUCGUGCUGAGAGCCAAGGUCGCAUUUUCUUCUUGCCCGACCAUUGGCUCCAGAAACUUCCACCUUCAACUCUCACCGCUGAUUCCCUCCGUCUUCUCCGUACCGGUGGUUCGCCCGGCGGUUCGCCCGACAGUUUGGUGGGGCCUGACCAUCCGGGUCGGCGUGCUGACCCGUUCCAGUCGACGGUAGCGAGUACGCAGCUUGCGAUUGAACUAGGAAGUUGGCACCCGCGUGACCCCAAGUUGCGCGAUUCGCGUGAACUGAACAGUCUGCGCCACCGCUUCAUCAACUGCCGCAGCAUGUUCGAAGUGGCGACACUACAAUGGCUCUUCACUGACCGGCUACGGGAACUGUCGGAAGAAGUUGGAAAACGCAACAUUAGUCUGCACGACCCCAUGCUCCUGGACGACGCUAGCAGCGUGCUCCCGACGGAGGGCAAGGUCGACUUGCUUGAAACGCCGACGAAAGACAUGCUGAACUGUGACAUCAAAGCUGCACAUGAACUUUCGUCUAUGGCUCUGCACCUUUGCGAAGAACCUCGAGGCAAUAAAGGCAAACGAACUCGCCAUGUCCUCCUGCGCAGGGUCGGUCCGUUGUUGGUCAACAAGGCCUUUCAGUUCUGGAUGUUAUUCGGUAUGAUUGUUUAUCUUGUCGUCUUCGCCUAUACAACCGUAUUCGGGCUAACUGCAGGUCUAGACCUCCAGAACCUUACGCCACCUGACAGCUAUCUCCGAGAAGCCUUCGCCGUCUCACAUGACAAGUUCCCCAUCUUCCCCCAACAGACUUAUAUCACCUUUACCACACCAAAUGACCCUGACGACUCGGAGAUAAUGAAGAACUUCCUAUCCACUCGCUAUGGUAUUCGCGAACCGGAGUCACUUACCGACCAAGUCAUGGGCUUUAUGCGUGCCGAAGUUGGUAGUGAAACUAACCAGUACCUAUCAACCCUCGGCGAUAUACCUUGGUGGAAGGAUGAGACAAUUGUCGCACUCCUUGAAAUGGACCGCAGGCUUCGAGCACUCGAUGAAGUCCAAGAUGUACUCAACGGCAUGAUAUUGUUCUAUCAAGAAUAUGUUAGACAUAUCACUCAACCCGGUUCAAUGGAUGCCGUAGAGAAUAUACCAAUCGAUGAUGCGGCUCAGGAUAGCGCUCGUCGACUGCGGUUUUAUGAGCACUUGAACAACUGGUUAUCUGGCGGAGUGGUCGGUGUGCAUGUUCGCGACCAAUUCGUCUUUGAUGUGGAUGGUCGAAGGCCGCCAGUGGUGUUAACCUCGGGUGCGCAGAUGCCACAGUUGCUGGCGUUCCGCUUGAUGGUCUUCAAUUACAACUUCCUGGACAGCUAUUCACAAAGCCAGUACAUGCUCAAGGUACGCGCAUUGAUGAAGGAGUUUUCGGAGUGGGCUAAACGCAAGCCUCGAGCAGACCUACAACUGACAGGCAGCUUCACCCAAAUGCCGAAACAUAAACAACGUGACUACGAUGCCCCUCUACCCCCCUACCAGGAUAUCUUGAACAAGAUGCACUUCAGUCAACCCGCAAUCCGGAGACUCAUCAUUUCCGAACAGUCUGGAUCGGAGGCGGAGACGGAUUCCACCUCACGUAGUAGUUCAACCAGCGGAAGCGUGUUACCGCAUACGUGGUUUACGAGUCAGGCAUUCAUGGACACGUUUCUGUACUUCGAGACGGACGCGAUGAUAUGGACUUCUACGGCUCUGAACAUGUUAACGGCGUUCGUUAGCAUCAUAAUAGCGAGCUCCAUUUUGAUGAAGGGGUUCACAAACGUGGUGUUGGUGACCUUGAUGAUUUGUGCAGUGGAUAUCGGAGUGUUUGGGGGCAUGGCUAUGCUAGGUAUCCAGCUCAAUAUUCUCUCAAUGAUCCUCUUGGUUCUUAGCAUCGGGUUUAGUGUGGAUUAUACCGUGCACGUGAUACAUACAUUUUGUCACACCCUUGGCAAAAAUCCGAACGCACGUGCAGUUGAAACACUCAUCCUCAUAUGCAGCCCCGUCACACACGGCGCUAUCAGCACUCUCCUUGGCAUCUUACCCAUCUACUUCCGCAAGGAAUUCGUCAUGACCAACUUCUUCUGGAUGAUGGCCCUUGUCAUCUUCUUCGGCUUCCUCAACGGCGUCAUCUUCCUUCCAAUCAUCAUGGCCAAGUCUGGAAACCUCCUCGACCACUCCGCCCAGCAACGACACGCUCUCGACACCAGCACCGACGAAUUAGUAGACGCACUUCUCACCACCAAAUGGCUCAACAAACCCAAUCUUGACGUUGACGCACUCGGCUCAGACCGCGGCACGACCAACGAGUCUCUCCCUCGUCAGGCCGACACCACCAUGUAG